UAUUAUUAUAUAAUUAAAUAAUAAUUAAUUUUUUCUCUAUAUAAUAAUGCAGAGCGGAAGGCAAUAAAGCAAUUGCUCAAACCCUAGGAUAGUUGGAUUCCAUUUCAUUUUGUUCAAGUUUCAGAUUUCUCCUCCUCGCCUCUUCUGAUCAGUUGCAGGCAAUUUUUUACUGAUUUUCUUGUAGGCUUUUUAGGGAGUUGAUCAAAAUCUACCGAUUUUGAUUGGGGAUUUUACAUUUUGAAUAGGGAGUGAUUUCAGGGUCUGAUUAAAAAGAAUUGUUUUAUUGGAAUUUGGAAGUUAAUUUUCAUCUAAAAGCUAUUAAAGAAGAAAGAAGGGUCAGUUCACCAAGCCAAAUAUUUGGGGAUCAUGCCGGUAUCGGGAAAAGAAGAGAUGGGGGUUAAACCCAGUGUUGGGCAGUUUAGUGAAUACACUGCAGGUAUUCCCAUAAAGAAAAGGAGGUUUCCUUUUAUUUUGUCAACUGAAAACGAAUUGGAGCAGAAAGUAUUUCCUAGUCCAGUUCAAGGUUCAACUGUUUCGAAUGAUGGUAUUGUUGCAGUGCGUUCAACACCCAGUGGUGUUUUAGUGAGUUCAAAUGCCAGUGAUGCUUUAGCCAGUUCGAACACCAGUGGUGUCGUAGCGAGUUUGAACAACAGUGGAAUUUUAGGGAGUUCAAAAACCAGUGUUAUCAAUGCUGAUAGUGUUACAGCUAGUUUAAAUGCUGGAAGUUUUGCUUCAAGUUCUAAUGCUUUGGGUGUUGCAAUGAGUUCUACUGCUGGUAGUGCUGCAGCUUGUUUUAAUGCUGGUAGCAUUGCCUCAAGUUCUAAAGCUUCCAGUGCUGCAAUGAGUUCUACUUCUGUUAGUCUUGCGGGUAGUUUGAAUGCUGGUAGUGUUGCUGAAAGUUCUUAUCCUUCUGGUGUUGUGAUGAGUUCCAGUGCUGUUAGUGUUGCAGUUGGUUCGAUUGCUAGUAGGGCUGUGGAAAAUCCUAAUGCUAGUAGUGUUGGAGGAAGUGGUUUGAGCUUUCCUGAUGCAAGUGAGAUAUCAGCACAUGAGAAAGAGAAGAGAAGUUCAGAUGAUACAAAUGUUAGCAUGGUGCAGGGUAAUACUAAUCUCCUUAGGGUAAAACUUGAAGAACAAAGCUUUGCAGUUCAGUCUAGGUCUUUGGCUGAUAUCAGCUGCAAAGGGAAGCUUGUGGCAACUGGGACAUCAGACAAUAUCAUGAGGAAGUUGGCAAAAUCUGAAUUGGACUUGGUAGGCAAUGAUUCUCUCACCUUUAGUGUAGGGAAAGAUGUAUAUAGCCAGAAAAGUGUAGAUGGAAAGUUUGGAUCAAAGUUACCUUUAGUUUCUGGGAGCCCUGGAUUAUCCCUAGGUUUAAGGGAAUAUCCUUCAGUUAUGGCUAGCAGAAAUAAUGAGCAAGGUUUUCGGAAUCAGGAAAAGACGGAACAUGUUUCCUUGAAUCUAUCUUUAAGCAAAGGAGAAGGCACUACUCAACUGAGAAGUACUGCCGUCCAGCCUAAUACUAAGGGUUCUAAUAUGCUAGCUGACAGAACGAACUGGGAUUUGAAUACGACAAUGGAUUAUUGGGAAGGUCCUGCCAGUGAUGAUGGUGCAAGUAAAAUGGCUACUCAAAUGUAUGAUAUAAAGCCGGUAAUUUGCUCAGCUGGGAUGACUGUUGCAAGUAUAUCUACACAGCUGCAAAUACCUGAAGAAAUUGAGAACAGAGCCAAAAUUAAAAUGUCAUCUAUAGUUUCUAGCCAGCAGUAUAGCGCUGAGGAUUCACUUCGUUUGGGUCUCACUACACCUUAUCUACAUUUGAACCCCAAUGAAAAACCGACAGGUUCUUCAGGUAAAAUUGAUUCAGGCAAUGUUGUUGCAAAUGUCAGUUCACCUGGGGAACCAGUACCUGCCAGCAAGCCGACCAUGCUCAACUAUAAGCCUGUAAAAUCAGAACCACUUGAUGAGAGUGUCAGAAGUGAUUCUGGUGUAACUAAAGCAAAACCUACAGGCUCGUUAAAUAUCACACGGGUGAAGUCUGAAAUAAUUGAAAAGUGCAGUUUGGAAAGAUUAAAAUCUUCAACUAUUAGUACUUUAAAAUCAGUUGAUGCUAGAUCCAUAAAACCUGAACCAGCGUGUGAGAGUAACAAGGAAAUGCCGGAGAGAAUGGAGGGACCAAUGAAUCAAUCGGAUGAACAAAUGCUAGCAGUACCUACUUCUACUGAUUCGUCAUUACAUGGUGGUGUUGCAACUCACGCAGAACAUUUUAUGCAAGCUAAAGAAACUGAGGCCAGUGUUGAGGCCCAGGUUGCUUCUAAAAUGAUUUCUUCUGCGGGUGUUACAACUAAUGCUGAACAUUUUAUGCAAGCUAAAGAAACUGAGCCCAGUGGUGAGGGCCAGGUUGCUUCUCAAAUGAUUUCUUCUGCAGAUGUUACAACUCAUGCCGAGCAUUUUAUGCAAGCUAAAGAAACUGAGCCCAGUGGUGAGGGCCUGGUUGCUUCUGAAAUGAUUUCUUCUGCAGACCAUGAUGUUAAUGAAUCAAACAUUGCUGGUAAACUAGAUAACUCUACUUCCCAAAGUAAAAUGGUUGAAGAUUCUGAUCAUUGCAAGCUGAAAUUCAUGGAUGUACAACUUCCUGAUUCUAGGGGAUCAGUUGAGGGUUCUGCAAGUGACGAGGAAAAAAUAAAUUUAUCAGCUGAUGUUUUAGAGGAAGAUUCGUAUGGUUCUGAUUACGAGUCAGAUGACAAGAGAGAGCUAGCUACAGCUAUGGAUAUAGAACAUGAUCGUAGAGCAGAAGAGGACUUUGAAGAUGGUGAGGUCAGGGAACCUGUGGUGAACACUGAGAUAGAGGUUCCGAUAUGUGAGAUGCAAGAGGCAGGAAAUGGAAAUGAUGGUGAUAACAAUCCAUCGUCAUCCUCUUUCAGAGAAAAAGAAACUGUAAUCAAAGACCCCGGAAUAACGAGUAACGACAUUAAUACUAAUGAAUGCAUCGACACAUCUGUCAAUAAGGAUUCUGCUACUGAAGCUAAUAAAGAGGCCUGUUUGCAAGAAUCUUCAGCUGUUGAGAUGCCUUCUAGUCAAAUGGAUGGAAAGAGACACAUUAAAGCCAUACCAAGAAAAUCGCUCGAUGCAUCAGAAAAGAAGGAUACUGUUAAAGGGCAAGAGGGAGAGCAGGCAUCUAUCCAAUUCUCGGAUACAAGCCAGGGAACUUCAGUGACCAUUUCUCAAGGUACAGAUGACGCUAAAAAAACUGAUUCAGAAGGAAAAGGCAAUUCUGUUUUACCAAAGGGAGAAGCAUUUUCAAGUGGUGAUGAUGCGGGUAAGGAUGUUGACAAUGGAGGUAAUAGGAGUCGAAUAAUAAACUUAUCUCGAGCUUCUAAUCUAUCAUCUCCUGGUAGAACAAGAUCUAUUUCAGGCAGGACAUUGCAGUCACAAAUAGGAAGAGAGAGACUGCCUGAUGUUGCCCUGGAAGGAGAUAAGUUCCAUCAUCGAGGGAGAGAUGAAGCUUAUGCUGACAGUUUACAUAGAUUCCCCAGAGAGAGGCAUCAUGUUCAGCCAUCCAGGAAUAAUAGAAUAAGUUUUAUGCGUGGAAGAGGUAGGAUUUCCAGUCGGAUAGACACCCUACGUGGUGAUCAGGAUUCAGAAUGUAACUUUGCUUCAGAGUUUUAUAAUGGUCCUACAGAAUUUCGUGUUGUGAGACAUAAAAAUGCAUCUGCUGUUUCUGAUGCAGAUCCUAACUUUAGUAGCUAUAAUAAUGGGCAAGAUGGUGCUUAUUUUGGUACUGGAAGAGGUGGGAGGAAGAUCUUGAAUGAUGAUCCACCAAUUUUCUCCCAGUUACCCCCAAGGAGGCGGUCUCCUGGUGGAAGAGAUGGACCUGCUGGACGUGGGCUUCCAAUGGUUCGCAGAGUUCCAAGAAAUCUUAGUCCAAGUCGAUGCAUUGCUGAAGAUGGAUCUGAAUUAGUUGGGUUGAGGCAUAUGAGAGGUUUUGCUGAUGACCAUACAGACCCAAUGUUUGCACGCUGCCAACCUUCAUUUGAGGGAUUAGAUGGUCCUUUUGUGAGGGGGAACAGGGAAUUUACAUCUGUUCAGAGAAGGGGUAUCCCGCGAACACGUUCAAAAUCUCCUACCAGACAACGAACUCGUUCUCCUGGUCCAUGGUCUUCUCUUAGGAGAAGAUCACCUGAUGGAUUUGGAGGCCCUUUGGAAUUACCUCAUCGAAGAUCACCACCACUUUACAGGAUGGAGAGAAUAAGGUCACCUGAUCGUCCUUGUUUUGCUGGAGAAAUGGGUGUUAGAAGGCAUGGAUCUCCACCAUAUUUGCCUCGACCCUCUAAUGAUUUGAGAGACCUGGAUCCCAGUCGAGAUCAUGGUCAUCCAAGAUCUGGCAUCUCUAAUAGGAGCCCAUCUGGUCGAAUUUUACUUAGAAACAGUAGAAGGUUGGAUCUUGUAGAUCCUCGAGAAAGGAAUGAAGGUGACGAUUACUUUGGUGGGCCUAUGCCCUCUGGCAGGUUUCAUGAUCUUGGAACUGAUGGGAAUCCUGAUGAGAGGAGGAGGUAUGGCGAUAGACGUGGACCUGUACGUUCUUUUAGGUCUCCUUACGGUGUUGCUGAUAGUGAAAAUUUUCAUCUUAAUGCUGAGGGUGGCCCUAGAUCCUUCAGGUUCUGUCCUGAAGAUGAUCCAGAGUUGCAUGAAAGAGGGAAUAUGAGGGAAAGAGAGUUUGAUAGACGGAUCAAAAAUCGGCCAGGGAAUGCCCCUAGGAGGACAAGAAACUUGGAGGAGCAGGAAGGAAAUUUCAGGCACGGUGGUCAGGUUUGGCAUGAUGAUGGGUUUGAUGAUAUGUCACAAGCGAAGCGAAAACGAUUUUGAGUAGGUUUAUUUAUGCCAUUAGUCUACUGUCAAUGGUGUAAGUUAUCAGAGCAGCAGGGCAGAAUCUGUUACCAUUCUCUAUUUUCUGCAAACGCAGUAACCCCUUGUUUAGGGUGUAGAAUAAAAUCUGGAAGCAGCAAAUGGUAGAAGGUAAUUUAAGUGCUAUGUAAGUAUAUGGUACUUUUGCCCAAAGAACAUAUCAAGGCACUCUUCUGUCUGACAGGUUUUGAAUGACUCCAAUCUUCUCUGUUAUAAUCUUUUGCUGGUUAUUCCUUUGGGCAGACCUUUCCCCUGCUGAGAAAACGCUAGUGCUUGCGUUUUUAAGAUUGAAACAAAAUGAGGGUAUGAUCACAGUUUAUCUAUUAUUACAUGAUGAAUAAAUUCUCUUUUGUGCA